CAGUUUCACAUAGGCGUUACAAAACAGUCUACAGAAACUGUGGAAAAGGCUUUAAAAGCACCGAAUUGAAGCAAUAAAAGGGAGAGAAAAAACUGAAGCAAAGGCAGAGAGAGAGAGAGAGAGCAAAGAGCAAAGAGCAAAAGCCAUGGUGGGUGAAGAGAAGAGGCAUCAGAUGAUGCAAAACCUAUUCGGUGACCAAUCCGAAGAGGAGGAGGAAGAAGAAGAGGAAGUUGAAUCCGAACACGAAUCCAACCGUCAACCUGAUUAUGCUUCGGAUGAUGCGGAUGGAGGCGUGGAGCCCGAAGGUGAAGGUGAAGGUGAAGGUGAAGGUGAAGGUGAAGGUGAAGGUGAAGGUGAGGGUGAAGGUGAAGGUGAUGUUGAUGUUGAUGUUGAUGGGGAAGCUGAAGGUGAAGGCGAAGGUGAUGGGCAAGCUGAAGGUGAAGGUGAAGUAGAAGGCCAAGGGGAGGCUGAGAUGGAGAGUGAAGGUGAAAUGCAGGAUGUUGAUCCUGGGCAUGGAGAGAGUGAGGGUGAAAGAGAUCAGAGUUCUCAGGAAGUUGAAGUUGGCGAUCAGAGGGUACAUAGUGAAGGAAGAGAUUCAGAGAGCGAUGAAAAAGAAGAAUAUGGUCAAAGAGUAGUGACCAGUAGGAGGCGGGAAGUAAUUGACAGUGAAUCAGAAAGAUCUGAGGAAAACCAAUAUGCUGACAACGAAGAUGAGGAAGUAAAUCAAGCUAGAAGUCCAAGUAGGUCUCCCGGGGAAGAGAAAGAUGAGGCUCACAUAUCCUCUGCCCCUAUUCGUGAUGUGUUUGGGGAUUCAGAGGACGAAGAAGAGGCUGAUUAUGUUGUUCAGAAUCAAAUUGAUGCGGAGCAAAAUAUAUCCCCUAUGGAAGAGGAAAAUAGCUACGGAAAUUUAAGGCCAGAUGAUAUUAUACCCGAAGAUGAUGGCGGAUAUGGGUCUGAAGAGCAUGUGGAAUCUAAGACUAAGGAAAAACCAGUUGGGCCCCCAUUAGAGCUGGAGAUUCCAUUGUGUCAACCGCCAGCUUAUUCAGACAGGAUGAGCAUGAUCAAGGUUUCUAACAUAAUGGGCAUUGAUCCCAAGCCCUUUGAUCCAGAGACCUAUGUUGAAGAGGACGUUUUUGAGACUGAUGAGUCUGGAUCCAAGAAGCGCAUCAGCUUGGUUAACAACAUUGUUCGAUGGAGGAAAGUUAAAAAACCCGAUGGCACAACAACUGUGGAAAGCAAUGCACGCUUUGUGGAAUGGUCUGAUGGAAGUGUACAAUUAAUGAUUGGAAAUGAAGUUCUGGAUAUAUCUGUGCAAGAUGCGCAGCAUGAUCAAUCACACCUGUUUCUUAGACACGGAAAGGGAAUACUACAAUCACAAGGGAGAAUUUUAAACAAGAUGAGGUUUAUGCCUUCAUCAUUGACAUCGAACUCUCACCGUUUGUUGACUGCCCUUGUUGAUUCACGUCAUAAGAAGGUUUACAAAGUGAAGAAUUGUUUCACUGACAUUGACCCAGAGAGGGAGAAAGAGCAAAAGGAGAAGGCUGAAAGCCAAAAUAUCAGAGCAAGUGUGCUCCUCAAUCGGAAAAAGGAGAAGGUCAGCCGCAAAUACAUGCCUACUUUACGUAGGGAACGGCAACUCUCUCCUGGUUUUCUGGAAGAUGCGCCUGAGGAGGAAGAGGAAACUGAUGACUAUGACUCUCGACGGUCUGCUGCUCGACGUCGCUUUGAAGAAGACCUAGAAAUGGAAGCUCAAGCUGAGAAACGAAUCAUCAAUGCGAAAAAGAGAGAUAUUCCUAGACAAACAUCAUUGCCUUCUUCAAAGCAUUCUCGACGCCCUGUUGAUUUUGAUGACAGUGAGAAGGAGGAGUCUGAAUAUGAAACUGAAGAGGAAGAAGAGAGGUCUCCUCCACGCAGAAGGGCUGUUCAGGAGGAGGAGGAGCCAGAGUAUGAAGAAGAGCAAGAGCGUGAUCCGGGCGAGGAGGAAGAGGCAUAUGAAGAGUCAGAAGAGGAGGCUGAGGAGCCAAAGCAAAAUGUUAGGGAAUCAGCAAGUCACAAGCGGAAAGAGAUUGAGUCAGAUGAGGAAUCUCCUCCAAGGAAGAACGUACAUCGCAGAAUGGCAAUUGUUUAUGACAGUGACGAGGAGUAAAAUGUAAUGGCGUGGAAUCUAAGACAAGUUUGCGUUUUCCAGGAAAAUUUCCGGAGGAAAUUGUCACAGGAGCAAUGAGAUGCUCAAAAGCCUGGGAUUUGAAAAGAGGCAUAAAGAGAUUGAAUGUUGUUCAGUUAUACAUCACCGACCUACCUUAGGUUUAUAGUUUUAGAUGUCUUUCUCAUGCUGAAUUUGGCAAUGACCCAUAGCAGAACUGAAUGUUACCUUUUUCUUCCCUUUCAUAUGAAUUGUUGUUUAAGAUGGAUAUAACCCGUGGUUUUUAAUCAGUGACUUAUUUAUAGAUGGAACUUGAAACUUAGUACAA